AAAAAUAAUACUGGUUGGAAUUUCUUCGACCACUGUAAAAUCUUAAUAUCUAGCGAAGUGGGCCACCCCAGUGCCCUUCCAAAGAGAGCGACGAGCGCAAGCAUACGGAAGUGCGAUUUUAGGCUACUUUUGCAUUUUACAUGGGUGAAUUUGGAGGGAGCUAUUUUCUACAUUUUGGCGGGCGGAAGUAAUCCAGGUGGAAAUUAUUGUGCAAAUCCCUUCAUUCUGUUGUUCGCUGAAAUUCUAUAUACACGACCUCAGGUCCUUUUACAUUUUCACACACUUCCAUUAAAUUUUUUGUCUUCUUUGAUUGCUUACACUCAGAGACAUAAGUCUGGCUGCCAUUCUGAUUGUGAGUCUGCUGGCACUUACGGCACAUGUUUACAGUUUCGUAAUCAAGUCAAAGCAGAAAAUCAGGUCUAUAAUUUCUCACUUGCACAUCAUUUAACUGCGAUCAUUCCCAAAGGCUCUAGUCCUUUGCAACGCCUUACUUUCUUCAGAUAUUGUUAUUCUACUUCUGCAAUUAUACCACAUGAUGAAUUGAUUGGAAGACUAGAAACUGCUCUGGAGACACGAAAUGCAGACGAUGCUUGGACAAUAUUUGAACGUUUGCACAGGCUUAGAGGCUUACCAGAAGGGUUGAUUGUUAAUCGGACAAUCAAUGUUCUUACUUAUUCUGGAAGUUCAAAAUUGAUAAAAAGGGCUUAUGGACUUGUCUUUACAGUCCUACGUGAGAGGAAAUGGCAUAUCUUGACUCGGGCUUCCUUGAUCCAACUGUGCUUGACCGUUGCAAGAGCUCAGAUGCCUCUUCAGGCUGCCAUGAUUCUGAGAACGAUGGGAGAGAAAAGAAGGUUUCCUUCGGUGAGUAUGUGGAAUACGGUCAUUGCACACAUGGUUAAAUCUGAAAUUGGUACCUAUUUAGCAUCUGAGGUGUUGAUUGAACUUUGUAUUUUAGUUCUAGAUGCAAAGCAGAGAAAAAAGAGACUUGUAAUGACUCCAGAUACUAGAGCUUUCUGUGUUGUAUUGAAUGCCUGUGUUGGAUUUGGGUCUUUUCGGAAAGCAAAAGAGAUUGUGGCACUCAUGCCUCUUGUAGGGGUCACGGCUGAUGCCACCUGUUUUAUAAUAAUGGCUCAGAUAUAUGAGAAAACUGGUUGCAAAGAAGAAUUAGAGAAAUUGAAGCGGAUCAUUGGGCAAGAUCCUAGCAUGAUUUGUCGUCAGUAUCAACAGUUUUACAGUAGCCUUCUGACAUGUCAUCUUAACUUUGGUGAUUUGGAUGCUGCCUCAAAGCUUGUAUUGGAUAUGCUUCAAUCUGCUAAACAGAAGAAUUCAAAGAACCAUACAAGAGUAGCGCCAGAAAUAACUUGGAUUGAGGGUGAUGAGCAAUGUAACCAAUCUGUAGGUCAGGUUGUCUCAGAGAAUUUACCUAAGCAAUUCACAAAGAAGUUCAAGUAUCCCAUGGUUCAGAUUGAGGCCGAAACCCUACAAAGUGACUCUGCAAUUGAAGUUCCCAGCUAUGAAUAUCUUGUUAAUUAUGAGAAGAAAAUAUUGUCUCCAAGUGCAAAGAUUUAUGCUAUGCUUGCAAAGAGAUAUUUGCAAGCUGGAAAGAGUGCAGAAUUAGCACGGUUUCUUAUCAGGGUAGACCAAGAGUUAGGGAUUACCGUAGCAGAAAACUCAUUAUGCACACAAGUCAUUGAUGCAUGCAUUGAACUAGGUUCGUUGGACGAUGCACAUGAUAUGAUGGAUGAAAUGAAUUCAGCUGGAGUUCAAGUUUGUGUUGGGUUAUACUCAGCACUCCUGAAAGCUUAUUGUAAGGCAAGACGUCUGAAGGACAUUGCUCCAGUUCUCAGGGUAGUAAAAAAAGCAGGAUGUCUGCUGGACCCAAGUUGCCUGCCCGCACUGGUUGAGGCACACGCAGACCAAAAAGAUAUGAAUAAUGCUGAAAAUCUCGUUGGGGAGAUCAGAGAAAUAAAGAAUUCUUUGUCAAAAGAUACCAGCUCAAGAUUGAAGACGGGCCUUACAAUUAACACCAUAUUAAAUUUGAAGGCCCGUUUUUUAGAGGAAGUUAGUAAGAAUCAACAGGUCAUUCCCCGUGUCUAUGAAUUGAACUCAGCCAUUCAGUUUUUCUGUAAGGGGCAUCUCAUGGACGAUGCUGAGAAAGCCUAUAGAAAGAUGAUAAAGUUGGGUUAUCAACCGAAUUCACAGACAUUUGAACAUUUGAUUAGUGGUUAUUCUGCAGAAGAUAACUAUUCUAAAAUAGCAUUCUUAUGGGGGGACAUGAAAAGGAUGGAAUAUGAUACUGCAGGAAGUGCAGACAAUGCUGUAAAGUUUGAUAAAGAGCUCCAUGACAUUCUUCUUUACAAUUUCCUUAGAUUUGGCCAUUUUGAAAGAUCGAUGGAGCUGAUUGCUCGAAUGGAACAGCAAAACAUGUUUGUUGAUAAAUGGAAGUACAAACAAGUUUUUAUAAAAUUUCAUAGAGAUCUUUCCAUGCAUAGGAAGCCUUCCAAAGUACAAAUUGAAGAACAAUUAAGGAGAAGAAAGUACUUGGUAGCAUUUAAGCAGUGGGCAGGCCUGAUUUAAUUUUUUGACCCCUUCAUUGUUGAAGUUUUUGAACCAUGGUCAUGAAUUCUGGAUCAGAGAACUUAAUGGAGAGAAGGAAAGGGAGAUUGUUCUCAAGACCACAGUUGUGACAUCCAGGCACACAGCCUGUGCAUGUUAGGGUUUGCAGCAUGCCUGGUUUGCAAUACACCAAAUCAAGAACUGUGGAAAAGAUAUACAAUACUGAUGCAGAGUGCCAAGUUGACAAUUCAAUGUCAAUGUUCCUAUCUUGCUGUGCAGUCCUUUCUCUCCUGCAUUUGGGAUGGUCAGUCCCGCUUUUAGUGACUCUCUUCAAAAAAGGACCAGUUCGAAAGAGCUCGCUAAUAUUGCCGAACCCUUAAUAUGUCAGGCUUAAGUUUGGUAGGAGUUCAAAUUCAAGGACACGUAUCUCAAAGCAGGGCAGAACUCCCAAGGUUCCAAAAAAUAUUAUCCUAUAAAGCGUGUAAAAAAGAAGCACGAAUGAUACAAUUGUCUGCUCAGUGCACUUUCAAUAAAUGUUAUGGAAGCCUAUACUACUUCGAAAGUC